CAACGAGUUCUGUGAGAGAUUCUCCUACUAUGGAAUGCGAGCUGUGCUCGUGUUGUACUUCAAGUACUUCUUGCUUUGGGAUGAUGAUCUGGCCACCUCCAUCUACCAUGUCUUCGUGGCCUGUUGCUACCUGACCCCAAUCUUUGGGGCCAUCGUGGCUGACUCGUGGCUUGGAAAGUUCAAGACAAUCAUAUACCUGUCAAUAGUCUAUGCACUUGGGCAGGUUGUGAUGGCUGUAAGUGCCAUCCAUGACAUCACUGACACAGACAGAGAUGGCACACCAGACAACAUGACUCUUCAUGUGGCCCUCUCCAUGACUGGCCUGCUGCUCAUUGCUCUGGGAACAGGUGGGAUCAAACCGUGUGUGUCUGCCUUUGGAGGAGACCAGUUUGAGGACCACCAGACAAGGCAACGGAGUACUUUCUUCUCCGUGUUCUACCUGUGCAUCAACGCUGGAAGCCUUCUCUCCACCAUCGUCACCCCAAUUCUAAGAGGUCAGGAGUGCGGCAUUUACAGUCAGCAGAAGUGCUACCCUCUUGCCUUUGGUGUCCCUGCUGCUCUCAUGGUGGUCGCAUUAGUUGUUUUCAUAAUGGGAAGUGGUAUGUAUGUCAAAACCGCUCCAAAAGGAAACAUCAUGCUGGAUGUGUGUAAAUGCAUUGGUUUUGCCAUUAAGAACCGCUACAGGCACCGAAGUGACCAACAUCCAAAAAGAGAACACUGGCUGGACUGGGCCACUGAAAAAUAUGAUAAACUUCUGAUUGUGCAGAUCAAGAUGGUUCUGAAGGUCCUCUUCCUCUAUCUACCGCUCCCCAUGUUCUGGACCCUGUUUGACCAAAAGGGUUCUCGCUGGACUCUGCAAGCCACCACCAUGAAUGGGGACUUUGGAUUUUUAAUUUUGCAGCCUGAUCAAAUGCAGACGUUAAACCCCAUCUUGAUUCUCACUUUGGUUCCAAUAACUGACCGGAUUAUAUACCCACUUAUUGAGAAAUGUGGACUGAACUUCUCACCCUUGAGGAGAAUGACAGUGGGCAUGUUUUUUGCUGCCAUGGCCUUUGUUUCUGCUUCUAUGGUUCAGCUUGAGAUCGAUAAAACCUUGCCUGUCUUCCCCUCAAGCACUCAGAGCCAAGUUCAGGUACUAAACCUGCAAAAUACUGGUCUGAUGCUAACUAUUCCACCUAUCGAGCCAUUUGCAAUUGGACCUAACCAGGGAAAUGGGGAGUAUAUAACAUUUGACAGUGACAGCAUAUCUGUCUCACUGAACACUUCUACACCUGGACCAGUUAUACUCAAUGUGAUAAAGGGAAAGAGACAGACUCUAGUUAUCGGUUCUGGAAACAAUAUGAAGUUGAUUGAUGAUUUGACUGCCAAACCCGAUCAAGGAAACAAUGCAUUAAGAUUUAUCAACGGUUUGUCCACAACAGUGAAUGUGUCUACUAGCGGGAUAGACUAUGGUGAAAUAAGCACAAUGAUGGCUUCAAACCGCUCCCUGAUGGCACAUGGAACGCGUGUAUUCACAAUCACUGGGCCUAAUGCUGGACAGCAGUGUGAGUUCACCAAAACCCUUGGAUUUGGAGGUGCUUACUCUAUCAUCAUUCCCAGCACACUGUGGGAAAAUGUAAGAUGUGGCAACAUUGCGGAGGUUGAGGAGAUCCAACCCAACAGUGUUCACAUGGCUCUCCAGAUCCCACAAUACUUCCUCAUCACUGCAGGAGAGGUAGUCUUUUCUGUGACGGGUUUGGAGUUCUCUUAUUCACAGGCACCAAGCAACAUGAAGGCUGUUCUUCAGGCUGGUUGGCUGCUUACUACAGCUGUGGGCAACUUUAUUGUUCUAAUCGUGGCUCAGGUGGCAAAGUUAGAUCAACAGUGGGCUGAGUACUUACUCUUUGCGUGCCUCCUGAUUGCCGUCUGUGUAAUCUUCUCCAUCAUGGCCCACUUCUACACCUACAUUGAUCCUGUGGCAAUCGAGGCUGAAUUCAAACAAAAGGAGGGAUUGUCUCCAGAGGAAAAUGAGAAAUUAGAAAUGAAGGAAAAAGACUCUGUCCAACAUGAUGAUGAGGAAGACGAAAAAGCAAAACAAACAAAAAUGUGAAAAGAUACAAGAGACUGCCUUACUUCAAAAGCACACUCUCUUCUGUCCUGACAGAUAAAUCAGGGCCUUGCGAAUGGCAGUGUAUGAAAUAUACUUUACCACAAAUAGCCUACUUGGCUUUAAAUGAAAGCAAAGAAAAGUCACAGAACAUAAUACAAACAUGGGAUAUUAUGUAGGCCUAUACUGCACAAUCUCAGUAUGUUUGAAGACUACAGGAUGUAGAAUAAAGUGUUUUGUCUGUAAAUUGUUUUGUCUGUUAUCAUAGUAUAUAAAUGUAUGAAAUAUCAAAAAAAUGUUUGUUCAAUAGGCUUGGU